ACGGAACCCUGUAGUUCCGGUUUGUGAUGUCAUUUUCCUAUGCAUGCAGUUGAGUCGAACACAUUUAAAGUGUAUAUUUUUCAUAGAUAUUACUACCGGCUGAUCAGUUUUGUGUUUGUAUGUUACCUUCUUGGUUUUUUAGUUAAAUCUGUAGUUUUUAUUUGAUUGACAAAUUAAUGUUGCGGUCUUCUCACUAGUUGCCUAACACAGGAAGCUACCGCUAGUUAGCGAGCUUGCUAGCCUAUUGGGGAGUAGCAGUGUUGACACGUUUCAAUCACAGGAGGCAGUAACCAGACUAGAAGUGUAACCUGCCCGCUACGACAACAUGGGUAUCCUGGAGAAGAUAGGAGAGAUAGAGAGAGAGAUCUCUCGAACACAGAAAAACAAAGCCACGGAGUACCAUCUGGGCCUGCUGAAGGCUAAGCUAGCGAAGUACCGCGCCCAGCUGCUGGAACCGUCCAAGUCCGCAGGAGCCAAAGGAGAGGGCUUCGAUGUCAUGAAAUCUGGAGACGCACGUGUUGCACUGAUUGGCUUCCCCUCCGUCGGAAAGUCCACCUUCCUCAGUCUGAUGACAGCAACUGCCAGUGAAGCAGCUUCCUAUGAGUUCACCACCCUGACCUGUAUCCCUGGAGUUAUAGAGUAUAAUGGAGCCAACAUCCAGCUGCUGGAUCUGCCAGGAAUCAUAGAAGGAGCUUCCCAAGGUAAGGGUCGAGGUCGGCAGGUCAUUGCUGUUGCCAGGACAGCAGACGUGGUCAUCAUGAUGCUGGACGCCACCAAGGGAGACGUACAGAGGAAACUCCUGGAGAAGGAGUUGGAGUCCGUCGGCAUCAGACUCAACCGCUCCAAACCCAACAUCUACUUUAAGCCCAAGAAAGGAGGGGGUUUGUCCUAUAACUCCAUGGUUCCUCUGACGAUGUGUUCUGAGAAACUGGUCCAGCUUAUCCUCCACGAAUACAAAAUCUUCAAUGCGGAGGUUCUGUUCCGAGAAGACAGCACUCCUGAUGACUUCAUCGACGUCAUUGUUGGGAACCGAGUUUACAUGCCCUGUUUAUACGUGUACAACAAGGUGGAUCAGAUCUCUAUAGAGGAGGUGGACAGACUGGCCCACGAACCCCACAGCGUUGUCAUCAGCUGUGGGAUGAAGCUGAACCUGGACUUCCUGUUAGAGAGGCUGUGGGAAUACCUGGCGCUCAUCUGUCUUUACACAAAGAAGAGAGGAGAGAGGCCUGACUUCAGCGACGCCAUCAUCAUGAGGAGAGGAGCGUCUGUAGAACAUGUGUGCCAUCGGAUCCACAGAACGUUAGCCAGCCAGUUCAAGUACGCCCUGGUCUGGGGCACCAGCACCAAGUUCGACCCCCAGCGGGUGGGGCUAACACACAUCAUGGAGCACGAGGACGUCAUCCAGAUUGUUAAGAAGUGAAACAGCUCUUCGGGAUAGGACCGAUGACGGGCUGGGGGCGGGACGAGUUAGUAAAACAGGCCUUCUGAUUGGAUGGAAUACAAGAUGGGUGGGAGGAGUUAAAAACAAUAACAGGAAGUUGAUUUAUCCAGAACCAGUAGAUUCUAAAGUCCUGAUUCUUAUUUUGCAUUUGAAACAACAACAAAAAUAACCAAUCAAGAACCAGAUGCCAUCUGGGUUACAGGAGGACAGGAAGCAACAUAUUUUAACUUUGUUGACAUUUAAACGCAUCCACAAUGACAAGGGAAACUAAAUAAAUUCCAAGAACGUGAAAUGGA